AUGGAAAUUCAGGAUUCAAGAGGUGGAAAGAAGCAGAAUUCUCAAAAUGCUUCAGAACAUGACUACUUGGCUGGUUCGGGAAGUUACAUCAAAGUACAAGGCACAAGAAACUGGAAUGCCCAGCAAACCUGCAAGUGUGUACAAUUCAAUCGUACGUCGAUUAUACUUUACCACUAAAUUAGAUCUUCUUUGAGAAAGGUCUACGGAAGGCAAAGGCUCUGAGUCUUAAGCAGUAGAUGACCACUAAAUGAGAUCUUCUCUAAGAAAGGUCUACAGAAGGCAAAGGCUGUGAUUCUUAAGCAGUUACAACAUGACAGGCAAAUUGGCAAACACCUUAAAACAGUAAAGAGGUACUAUUUCAAGCUUCCCCUCAGUACACGACAUGAAGCACAUCCAGUUGGCGAGGCUGGAACUAUAGGCCACUCUGUACAUCCAAAGAUCGCUAGCAAGAUCCGUGAGUUGGUAGGCAAAAACAUAACUAGUCCAGAUGUUGUUAGAAAAUGUUUGGAGCAGUACGUACAGAAAGAAAUGCUCGGAGGUAAUGCAGCACAGCAGAAACCUAUAAAGUCCAACCACAGAUACUACCCAAGCAGGCAGGAUUUGCGAAGUCAUAUUGCGAGAGCAAUCAGUGCCAGCAAGUAUUGUGGUGAUGAUCAAGAGUCGCUAAAGGGAAAGGUUGAUCAGUGGUGUUGUGAGUCGCCGACAUCUAAGUUCUACAUAAGAACAAGAGAUGACAACACCGAUGGUAACGAAAGCAAGUUCAUGUUCGUUCACCAAGAAGAAUGGCAGCAGAGGCUUCUCCUUUGGUAUGGAAGCAAACUUGUACUAAGGGACACUAGUUACAAAACCACAAAGUAUGCAAUUCCUCUCUUUUUCAGGUGUUAA